AUGCAUAUGGGCCCUCGAAUCAUUCGCGAACACAAACCUAGCAUGGUUCCCUCAAAGUUCUGCGGACUGCAGUCUUUUAAUUCAAAGAAGAUACUGUUGGCUCUCUGUGUCAUCGCGUGGGCCGCAAUUUUCUUUCUUUCUGGGACCUUAUUUAUCAGGAGGAGAUAUGAAAGCGCUAACGAGGUAGGACGAACUUUUUAUGUUACUUUCUGUAAAAUUUAAGCCCCCUGCUACAGUGGGUAAGAUAUUUAUUAUGUGUACACGUUUCAACUCUAUUCAUAUUUAAAAACCAUUCAAAUUUUGUGAGAAAAAAUGUGAAAUUGCUGCAUGGGGUUCACGGAAAUCGUAGCCCCCUUUGUUUUGUUAAAUGACAUUCAUUUUGAGAUUGUUAAUACAGUUGAAGCCCUUGCUUUUCUUGUAUUUGCUCAGAUGCAAAGAUAUUUCAUUGAAAAAAGACUUGGAGAAAACAACAAUGAAUUUGCUUUUUUCAAUAACAUGACAAGGGCAGCCAUGCUGGUCGACAAAACAAUAAUAUUUUUUGCAGAAUUUACAUCAAGCUUAAAUGAAAGAAGAAGCACUACACCCAGAUCUGGGUAGAGAUGGCAUGUCAUCAGUACAAGCAUUGGUUGUGCUUCAUUAGCAGAACUGCAUGAUGGGGAUAUGCAGGCACUUUCAUGAAAUGCCAGAUUGUUUUGAAUACCCUUGAAAAUAUGUACUUAAAUGAAGCCACACUCUGCAAAACACUCCAGUUUAAACAAUAAUUUUAUACCCAAAAAAUCUGGCGAUCAUCCUUGCUAUUUUUAAUCCAGACUACCCCUUCUUGGAGGGGAUUAUAACAGCAGUUCCCCUUGUAUGGUGCAUGUGCAGUGAAAAAAGUUUAAUGCUGUGAAAGAUCACUUGUGAAAUCAGUUGCAAAUAGAAAUGACUCAUAUUUUAGCUGUCACAGAAUCAGUUUUAUGUGGCUGGACCUCAGCUAUGAAGUGGGUACUUGUACUUCAUUUUUAGUGAAUGAAUAGCAAACAUCGGCUAUUCAUUCACAUGACUCUGAGGCUUUCAGGUCAUUAAUUCCUAUAUUUGGUUUGGUUUUCUUUGUGAUCAUGUCUCUUCUGGGAAUUAUGAGACAAUGGAGUCGUGAAAAAUUUGCAAUUUUGUCCAUGUUAGAAUUUUAUUAUAUCGAAUGUUAAUAAUAAUAAUGAACUUUUUAAAGUCUCAAGCUUCUAGCUUAGCACAAGUGCUGAAACUAAUCAUGCAAGCACCUUAAUAAAGAGUUGUGUAAGCUUUGAAGCCAACCAACCACCCAAGUGUACGUGAUGAAAUUAGAAAUAGAUAUUACUGAUAAUAAAAAAUAAUAAUAAACUUGUUUAUAAGGCAGGUACAAAAGUCGGACCGGAUCAACUUGGACCGCCAGUCCGGGUCGGAUCAACUCGGAUCGACUCGGAUGAACUCGGAUCGAAAAAAAAAAAUAAAAAUGACAUAAAAUUGGACUCGGAUAAACUCGGAGCAAUAAAAAAAAUUAAAUUAAAUCAGCAAAACUGAAAGUUCAACCCAUUUGGAGGGUAAAAAAGGCCAGAUCAUCCUUUUUUUUUCCUCCGUGGCUUUCAGGUGCCAUUUUGUUUUACUAGUGCCAGUUCCUCUCGGAUCAUGUUAUAAACUCGUAGUUGUGGUUCGGAAGUAAAGAAAUGAUAGUUUCAGUCGCCUAGCUAGAAUGUAUAUAUUUGCUUAUUUAUCAGACUACUGAAUUAUUUAUGAGAAAAGCACCAAAAGCCUGGUAUGUUGAUCGCAUUUAGAUAGUUACCGAAGACUGUUUGUUUGUUUGUUCCUCUUUGUUUUUUUUCUCCAGGACUUCUGAAACUUAAUUUUAAUGAUACAAUAGUGAGCAGCACACAUACAUUUCCAGUGAAAAUUUUCAACUUGGAAGGAGGAGAAACCAUGCUCGCCCGGGACAAAGGAAAUUUCCAUGCCCCAGGCAAGAAUCGAACUCGCGACCCUCCGGUUCAUUGGUUGGAUCGUCCCAUAAACAUGUAGUAUUCGGAGGGUCGUGAGUUCAAUUCUCGCCCGGGGUACGAAAAUUUUCGUUGUCCCGGGCGAGCAUGAUUUCUCCUCCUUCCAAGUUGAAAAUGUUCACUGGAAGUGUAUGUGUGCUGCUCACUAGUGUAUCAUUAAAAUUAAUAAAAAUAAAAAUAAAAUUAACUUACGUAACCAUGAGUUCGUGAGACAAAAACAAAAUGGCAGUUGCAAGUUAAGUGAUACCGACUGAUUUUAUUUUUCUUUUUAUAAUCCGAGUUGUUUUUUUUUAUGAUCCGAGUUGAUCCGAGUCCAAUUUGAUUUUUUUUUUUUUUUUUAUUCGAUCCGAGUUUGUCCGAGUCGAUCCAAGUUGAUCCGACCCGGGCUGGCGGUCCGAGUUGAUCCGGUCCGACUUUUGUACCUGCCUCUUGUUUAUAUAGUGCCUAUACUUUUCAGUGCUAAGUGCUUUUCAGUUACGUACACUGAGAAAUGCUGAGAAAAAAAGUCAGAGCCCACAACACACAACACUUUCUUUAGCCUGCGUAGGUGGUGGUAUUAAUUGUGUGGGUGCGAGAUUAAAGUUUUGGAGGCAGAGCCAUGUUCCAAAAAAGGGAGUAGGGAUGAGGUGGUUGAAAUACCACCUGCCAGAAAACCCGGUAUUUUGAAUAGUCUGCACACCAGUGUGCAGAGAAAGGGAUUGGUCGAGGGCCAUACAUAUGUCAAUCAUGUUAGAUGAUCCUUCGCAUAUAUUUCCCAAUUAAGGGAGCAGAUGGCAAACUGGAAAAGAUGUAAGUGAUUGUUGUUUCCCCUUUAAAAAGAGCAUAAUUGAUGACCAAAUUGCUGAAAUGGCGUCUUUAAGCUUCACAGCGCUGGAAUUGUCUUUAUUUAGCCGUAAGAAACAAAGGUCAAAGAAAUUAAAACACGUUACAACUGCAUCUGAGAUCAAAUCCUAUCAGGAACACCUACAGAAGAAUAAACCACAGGAAAUGGUUACUCAGUAUGCAUGUAACAAACCAGCUUCAUGACCUUUUAAUGUUAAAAAUAGUGUGGCAAAAAAAGAUUUACUCAGUCAAAGUUUAGAAUGAUACAUGCACUUUGUAGUGCUAGUAACCUUCAUGCAAGAGCCGAGAAAAUAAAAAUUAAAACCUCUGUUCAAGCAAACUCACAAGGUCACGUUUCACAUUAUCACGAACUUAGGAGUCGUGUUUAGCCUGUCAACGCUUAUUUCUAAACUGUCUCGCGCCAAAAUAAUCGGAAGUUUCAAAUUGCAGGUUUCUCGUUGAUUGGCUGAUUUAAUUGGGAUCAGCUAAGGUGACAAAAGUGGGCGGCAUUUGAAAAAUCAUGGUUCUCUGGCAGGCAGUAUUUCUCGCGGCUUUGCCGCUCGUGACGGCUCCGCCAUCAAAUCUCACUCGACUAUAUUACAAUGGCUCCACCGCCAAAUCUAACUCGACUACUACACAAUACCGCCAGCUACACAGGCUACACUUUCUUAAGGUGCUUGCGUGAUGCAAGUUAGUCAGUGUGUUGCUUAAAGCAAAGUCCUGUGUGGCUACCCCAAAACCUGUGACCUGUUCGCCAUGUGAGGGGCCACAACUCGGUGGUAAUUAGAGCAUCCUAACAAUAUCUGGAAGGUCAUGGGUUGGAUUCUCAUGGAGGGCUCAGAAUUUUUUUCUGAGCGUUUCGUAGUUCAUAUAUGUAAUAUCUAUUUCUAAUUUCAUUACCUGUACACUUGGGUGGUUGGUACUUAGAGAACAAUUCAAUAAUAUUGAACAAUUCAAUAAUAAUAAUAAUAUACUUGUGACAUUCCUCCAUCUAUUAUUGUGAUUAAUAUUAUUGUCACAUUUUCAGCUUGUGUCAAAGCUGGGUACCUCUCUCCAAGAGAGAAUUGAUUAUUUAAGGUAAGUUGAUUUAAAAAAAACUUACAUAUACAGUAGUACCACAAAUAAAGUUUGGAAUUAUUGAUUAUUUAAGGUCUGUAUCAGUUAACGUCUUAUGAAAGGUUAGACCACUCCAUAAUACAGACACUUCUCAAUUAUGGACUGUUCUCUUGGAAACAUUUAUUAUUAUUAUUUUUCUCAACAUGAGCCAAAGCUGUCUUGUGUUACCUUCUUUAUUAAAGGCUUUUACCUGAGUACUUACUUACUUACUGACUUACUUACUUACAGUGGGAAGCUCUCCUCACAGACACUCUUAUAAGCAGACAGCUCUAGUUACAGGCAGCUUCACAAAACUUGGUUUUCUCAACUCUCAUACAAACUCUGUAUUUUUUACAUUUUCAUAAGUGGCCUGCAGUUCCUGUUAUGGACACCUUUUUCAUGUUGCGAGGGUGUCCGCUUAUGAGAACUUCCACUUGACUUACUUAUGUAAUUCUUACUUACUGACUGACUGACUAAAUUACUGACUUACAAAGUACAUGCUUACAAGUGUUUAGUUAACACCUCGCUGUAAUGUGGACUAGUGGCUUUAUCCCUUUUGAAGUUCGCAUGAGAGAGGUUUGACUGUUAAAUGUAUUUUGUAAAGCUCUCAGCUAAGUGAAGGAAAGACGUCUGCUAAAGAUUUGACUCAAGCACUCCAUGCAAAGAUCAACUUGACACUUUCCAGUCUGGAUGAGAAGAUCGGUGCCCUGGAAAAGGACUUUAAAGAAAAGCGUCAAAGGGCCUUCCAUGCUCUUCAUGUCUUACAUGGUGGUAACUCUGAUAAUGAGAAAGCAGAACCACAACCAACGAUUCAGCAAACUGCAGUGCCUGAAAAUGCUCCUGAGGCAAGGUACUGUCUUUUAAGACAAUGUAGAACAUGUAGCUAGUUGUAGAGACUUGUGUAUGUAUGGAGCUCUUUUUUAUGUAACAUGACCAACCCACCAGUUGUUAGUGCAUAACUCAGUUUAAGGUGUGCCACUGCCACCCUUGUUACAUGCACUUCAUGGAGUAAUGUUGCUGCCACCCUCAUAUUAGCCCAGGGUACUCCUAACAACCUUAAGUCUCAUUUACUCCCAAAGAUUGUGUCUUUUCUCUUUGUCUACCACAUGAAUAAGUAACUAAAAGUUGUUAAUGGGGCUGUAACAUGACUAAGCUAUUUCCCUCUUUUUAGCAUGACUAUACAUCAGUUUUCCCCUACAUGUUUUGUUCUAUUUUAUUUUAUUAAGUUUUCAAAGACUAUAAAGUUAGAUUUCCAAGAAAAACUGCAAAAAUAAAACUGGCAUGAAACAUUCAAAAAGUUACAAAUUAAGAUGGAAAAAAUACAUUAUAUUGUGGCUAAUUAACAGAGGAAAUAAUUGUUUGUUGAUCUUUAAGUGGGCCAGUUGAGAUGAAAUCAAGUGAGAGUGGAAUGUGCAUUGAUUCAAUGGAAAACCCUGUAGGCAGCGAUACUCAGUUGUUUGAAUGUCAUGGUCAAGAAGGAAAUCAGGUAAUUUUUUACAUAAAUGAAUGACUAAAGGCUUAUAUAAAUCUUUGUAAAAUAACAAGAUACUAUGCAAUCUCUGGUUGGCUGAGGGGUGUGUAAACAGAGUUUAUGUUGUGACCCUAAGAUGUUGCUAUGCAUAUGCUAAUCACCAAACCACCAACUCAGAAAGCUGCCAAAAUUUGGUGCAUAAAUGUCUUUCAAAUCAGCACACUUAUCCCAGCAUGAAAUCUAUGAAUGCUUUUUAUUGAACUACAUUUAAUUUUAUUAUUAUCAUUGGUUUUCACGCUGCAUACCUUGUAAACCCAGGGCAGCCAGUCAGGUCGCCAAAAAGGCAUAACAAAAGUUUACAAGCACAGGCAGUACAUUAUGAUAAUAAUAAUAGCAAUAAUAACAAUAAAGCAUGUACAGGCCUGAUGCAUGUAGUAGUAAUGAUAAGAAUACAGAUGAAGUUCUUAUUAUGUUAAUAUCUGACCUUAAAGGUGGUAUUGUGGUUUUCAGUAGGGCCUAAAAAUACCGUCAUCAUUAUUAUUAAUUAUUACUUUUUUAUCAUUAUCAUCAUUAUUAUUAUCAUUUUCAUUAUUAUUUUAGUACAUUGAAGGAGUGGUAGUAGCAUUAGUACAUGUAGUGCAUUUCUUUGCACCUUUUGUCCUUUUGUCAUCCACAAGUACAUAAUGGAAUUGUUUUGAAUCUGAACCAAUAGCUAACAACUGCAUUGUACAAGUUUUUAUUAAAUUGUCCUCCUUGUCUCCCUUAUAAGCCACAAAUCAAAUUAACUGAUCAGAAGUAAAAAAUUAUUUUUGUUCCCAUACAUGUAUGUACAUCUUGAAGGCUUGGAACUACAGGGAAUCAACUCAUCUUAUUGAAAACAAAGCAAAAGGCAUGUGCUUAAGAGCUGCUGAUGGCAAUGAGAGGAGUCCUGUGAAAACUGCAGCUUGUGAUGAAAAUGACACUCAGCAGGUAAGAAUUAACUUCCCUGGAGACUAUUUUCUAGCUUCACAGGCAACCUAGCAUCCUCAGAGUCCCAGGGACAGUCACUGUGGCCCCGUGAGGGUAAAAUUCUGCCAAAUGACUUAAGACUAGGUAAAAUGAUGACAAAUGACACAAAGAUGGGUUAAAAACCGACAGGGACAUGACUUUCUGCUCAAAAUACAAAACAACAGUAUUUGAAAUUCAGAUCAGGGACAUACGACAACAUACUCCCCGUAAGAGGGCCUCAGCAGUCGGGUCAGUAGAAUUAACAGCGCAUGGAUGAAGCUGAACAUCUGUUAAUUUGGAUGGCCGCGGAUUGGAGGCAAGCACUUGAUAACAGUCUGGCGGUAGGUGUGGUAUUUGUGGACUCCUGGAAGGCCUUUGAUACUGUAUCUCACUCUCUCUCUGGGACCUAUGGUCAUGGAUCAAGACUACCCGACAAACCGUUCUUAGGUAGGUUUAUGAAGUAUGGGGUUCCUCAGGGAUCGGUAUUGGGUCCUACACUAUUUUCACUAUUCUGCAAUGACUUCCCGGAUAUAUAUAGCUGAACGUGAAGGCGUCUUACAAAUGUACGUGGAUGACACACUUACACAAGUGCACCCUUGCUUGACAAUUAUGCCAUUUUGUAGAUGUUCGAAAAUCCUAGGAGAGGCAGGCAAGCAAGAAAUUUUACAACAAAUGUUCCGAAAAUUCUAGAUCUCAAAUCGUCUUCCGAACAGACAUUUUCCAAAAAUUGACGUUGGCUGCCCCUGAGUAAAGCAGGUCCCCCGUCUAUCGCUUGGAUUUCUCUAUGCCCAUGUGGCCUUGAUGAAUUCUCUCCAGCAUUUCCUUUCGCAUAAAGGAUGGCACAAGAAUUCUUUCACCCUUGAGAAUGAUACCUUUCAGUUCAGACAGUUCAUCUCUCACAUCCCAAUACACACAAGCACUAGAACUGAUACUGGCCUUUGUCUCUGGCCAUCCUCGUUUGAUGAUUUCUCUUAGAUCUUGUAGCGACUAGUCUAUUGCUGUCUCCUCUUGGAUUUCUUCGAAUUUGGAUUACGAGAUAGGUAAGCUUGGUUGUAUCAGAUGAACGUGUCUCCUUUUCUAAUGUUCCUUCAACCUGCUGUUUCAGGGAGUGGUGUACGUGAUAGCAUGUCUGAAAGUGCUAAGUCAACUCCUUUCCCGGUUUGUAUUCCAGUGUAUAGUCCUACUUUUACAUUCUCACAUUCAUUAGGUGUAGGUUUCUUCCUACUCUUUCUCUUCCGUCAUGACAACUUUAAUUAGGCCCAAGUUUUGUGAGGAUCGAAACCCAGUAAUCCUGGCUCAUGUGUUUCUAAUAAAUGGAAUGUUGGCUCUUGAUAAACAUCUGACUUGGAUUUCACGGGCAAUUUUACAGUUCCUAGUACUGUGAGAUUAUCUCCUGGGUAGCUAACCAGUUUGUGGUUCCAUAUCUCCAGGUGGGGUCAUUCCCUUGAAUCUUCUUGAGUUCCUUUAGUGGCAUUAUACACCUGAUUGUAUAAACGUUGUCGCUUGAACAGUAUAUACCAUGAACGAUGGGACCUAAUGGAUUUAUGGGUAGAACUUUAUUAGCAUUGCAAGUUCUUUUUAGAAAUCUUUACUUUGUUGUCAAGCUUUUGGUGACGAUGCAUCCAAAAAACGUCAAACGGUUUCCAGAUUUCGUGGCAAUAAGCUCACAACUUCACCUGUCUUGGAAGGCAUAUCACAAACGCACGCUUGAAAAUCAUAAGAUAGGGCAUAAAAAGCUUUCUUGGAAGACCAAAAAAAACAACAACAUUAACGGCAUGCCUCGCAGAAAGUACUUUAGGUAUUUGCAUCCGCACGAGUAUCUCGUGACAAUGUAAAGUUUUGUCAUUUGCUUUGCUAAUGAGCAUAUACCCAUAAAUACUUGAGGCCUCAUCAUUCAUGGUUUAUACUUCUGAGCGACAACAUUUUUUCAAUCAGGUAUAUUUAACUUGUGAACCAGUAUCAACUUUACGUCGCAUGCGGCUGUCCUUGUACUGAUAAAGUUACGUAGCACUCGUCAUUCUGAAUUUGCACUUCUGAAGUGACUGAUCCUACAAACAGUGGAGACUCGCAAUCAUACUCUUCUUCUUCGUCUUCUGCCGUUAGCCCAUAACCUUUUUUCAGUGACCGGCACAUACUCUUGAAAUGAUGCUGUUUCUUGGCAAUGCAAUUAUGACAUGUCUUGCCAUACACCGGGCAUUCUCGUACACCAUGUCUUAUUCCACAGUUUCUACAUUUAAAUAUCUUGCUUGAAGAGAGUCUAUCUUCAUUGGCUGAGGGUGUUCCUCUGAGGGGUGGAUUUUUCUUCUCCAUUCCAAUUCCACGUACGGAUUAGUCGCUUGCCAUGUCCUUUGACUGUUUUUCUGUUGCCUCUGCAGAUCGAACCACUCUAUAGCCUUCUCCAGGGUGAGGUCUGAAAUCCUGAGCAGUCUCUCUCUCGUCUUAGCGUCACUGAUGCCAAGCACAAUUCUAUCUUUGAUAAGGGAGUUCUUCAAUGUGCUGAAUUCACAUGUCUCACUCAUCUUUCGCAACACGGUAAAAUAUUGAUCAAUAGCUUCACCACUCUCCUGGGCUCUUAAAAAGAAGUUGUAUUUCGUAUCUAACGUUUUUCCUUGGCUCACAGUGUCCCUCAAAUUUCUUUAAGACUUUGUGUAUCUUUUUCUCAUCACCUUCUGCAUCCCAUAACAGAGUCAGUUAAAAACAUCAAUGGCAUCGUUGCCAGUGACUGUUAGCAGCGUAGCUAUUCUGUUGGCAUUUUACUUCGUGUUUAUGCCAGUUACAAUUUCGUAAUUUUGUGUAUUUUUGUUUGAACUUUCUCCAGUUUUCCGAAACGUUUCUACCCCUUAAAUCGAGUGGUUCUGGUGGAGGGAGGCCUAAAUACAGUUGUAAAUAUAGCGCCAUUUCAUGUAGCCUCCUAGCAAGCUCUCCUGUUUGGGCGAGCAAAGCGAGUCUCGCGAGAACGCGCGAGGGAGCGGCGAAGCCGCGAGGGGUCCCUUGCUCGCGCGUUCUCGCGAGGGUCGCCCAAACAGGAGAGCUUGCUCGCAGGCUACAUUUCAUGUUCAGUCGCAAGAUCGUCUUGAGGCGUAUUUGCGGUGUCUCCUUCCGUUAAACUUCCGUCAUGUACUUGAGGUGUAUCCCCGUCUGCCGCCGGUGUAUUUUCAUUUUGUUCAGGAGCGUUUUCCCCAUCUAGUUCGCCGAGACUUCCUCCUUCACUUACGGUUUCUUGGGACAUGUGCUUUUCCCGGUAGCAGCUUUCGAUGGUCGGACUUUGCGUUCUGUCUUCGUUGCAAAACGACACUCUUUACUUUUCGUUCUUCAUUUCUGACACUCUGUAAAAAUCUUCACCAGAGACCACGAUGGAGGAGGAUUAGCACAGUUUAAUUGACAGCUUCUAUAGUUGUUCAACAUGGCCGAUUUUCUAAGCUGUAGUUAGGCUUUUGUACAUUAUGCUUUUGCUUCCCCACUAAAAUGCUCCACCUUAAUGCUCCAUUUUUCCCGCUAAAAUGCACGGUCUCCCUAAAAAAGUCACUAAAAUGCUCGGAUAAUGUUCAUGAUACAAACGGUUUUUUAAAUUAAUUUUAAAGUUUACACUUACAAAAACGUGCAAGUGUUGCAAGUAACAACGACAACGUGUACGAGUUCAUAAAUACAGCCAAAAGAAACAGCUGUAUUAGGUUUUUUGUGAAUUUUGAGUUUUAGUCUUCAUUUUCUUUAAAAAAGCAGGAGCUCAUGGGGCAUGGGCUCCUAAAAAAGUUAAUUUCUAUCUUAUUUUCUCGGAAAAAAUUAGUUUUGCGGGGAAAAUGCCACUAAAAUGUUCGAAUAAUGCUCAAUGCUUUUGCCUCACUAAAAUGCUCGAAAAAAUGCUAGCAUAAUGUACAAAAGCCUAGCUGUAGUACAGUAUGCACGCAUGCGUACUGUAAAAUACCGCUGAUCAUGUCAAAAAGUGGAGCUGUAAAGAGGCCAGAGGCUUCCUUUUUUCCCCUUCCCAUUGUUUCCCUCAUACUUUUCUUUUUUUAUUUUUUCAAUAAGCGAGUCUUUGCUGGUCUCAUUGUUUUUUUUUCUCAUUAGCAUACGGCUUAACUCACAAAAGCCGUGGCCGUAUUUACGAACUAAUUUCAAAAGUUGAAAGAGCUGAUUGACUUGAACAGUUUGUGCAAUUUUUAGCUCUUUUUAAGCAAUAUGGAAGGAAAUAUCAGCAGUCAAAAACUACGAAAUUGUUGUUUGGCAAAAAAGUUAGUGAGCCAUACAUUCUUUGUAAAAUUUCGAAAUUUUAAAAGAGAAUUUCUCCGAAACCAUUCAAUAUAUCAGGCUCAAUUUUUCAGAGAUAAUUGAAAUUGUUAUAUUUUUUCAACAUUCAGAGAUUUUAUUUUAUUAGCUUCAUCAGAUAAUGAUAAGCAUAUAUUAAUGAGGGAAAAAAUGUAAACAAAAAAUUGGCCUAUAUCAAAGGGAACCUUUGCACAGAAGUGAGUUAACCUUGGUAACACAUAGUGCUGUUGUUUCCUUGUAGAAAUGGAAUAAUAUUCAACGUCUUUUGAUGCUGGAUGAUGGUGCCAUGACUGGCAAAUGCCUUGACGCUGACCCUGAAACUAAAAUGCUUGUGAUCCAGCACUGUGAUAGUACAAAAGAAUCCCAGCAUUGGACGUAUCAUAUAAACUCUCCAGCACGAUAAUAAAUCAGAAAAGUUUUUUAUAAGAUCAGUAAAUCUGUUUAUUGCCACACAGCAAAGACCAUGUACAAAAAUUAAAAUUCUAUAUCUUUAAAAAACUACUGUGCUGCACUAUCCUGUAUAUUAAGUGAUAACCGUUCUUGCUGUCCAUUUUAUUCUUCCCCAAUUUUAUAUUCUCGGCCUUAUUUCAUUUACUGAUUUCCGUAUUAUUGGAAAAUUNCAUAGUGCUGUUGUUUCCUUGUAGAAAUGGAAUAAUAUUCAACGUCUUUUGAUGCUGGAUGAUGGUGCCAUGACUGGCAAAUGCCUUGACGCUGACCCUGAAACUAAAAUGCUUGUGAUCCAGCACUGUGAUAGUACAAAAGAAUCCCAGCAUUGGACGUAUCAUAUAAACUCUCCAGCACGAUAA